GUGAGUGUUCAAGCGUCCAUUUAUCUAACUAUAUAUAAUCAAUGCACCAAGUCACAUUAUCAUUUUUCUGAACUCUUCUUCUCAAGUCUCUCGCAUUCUUCUCUCUGGUUCAUACUCUCUCUGUUUCAUCUUCUCUCUCGUUCAUACUCUCUCUGUUUCAUCUUCUAAGAUGAACAAUCCAGCUGAAGUUGAAAUCCUCCUUAAGGAUUUGUCAUUCCAACAGGGUGAAAUUGAUAAAAAGAUCAAGAAAUUGGAAUCGAAAAUCAACAGCUAUGAUAGGAAAAUGAAAAGAACGGAAGACAAAAUGCCAGACCUAUUUAAAGUUGCUGAAGAAAAUCAUCAGCAAGAUGAAGGAGUCCAAGAUGUAGGUGAGAUGGCUCCAAAUCAGGCACAUAAUGAUGUAGGUGAGAUGGCUCCAAAUCAGGCACUCAAUGAUGUAAGAGCCCAAGAUAUAGGUGAGAUGGCUCCAAAUCAGGCACAUAAUGAUGUAGGUGAGAUGGCUCCAAAUCAGGCACUCAAUGAUGUAAGAGCCCAAGAUAUAGGUGAGAUGGCUCCAAAUCAGGCACACGUAGGAGCCCAAGAUGAUGGCUUUGCAAAAUUGAUGGCGGCGAAACUGUUACUAAAAAUUCCUGAUGAUGCGUGGAUGGAGCAAAGCGAGCAAGAGAAAGAUGUUGGAUAUGCCAAUUUUGAUGAAUUAGACCCAAGUGAGCUAUAUGGGAAACGGUAUGAGAAAGAGAAAAAGGUUGGAUAUGGCCGUAAGGGAUAUAAAUACUUAUAUGAGAAAGCCCGUCAGGCAGACAAUGAUGCAGGAGCUCAAGAUGAUGAUUUUGGUGAAGCGUUGGCAGCGUUACUAAAAAUUCCUAAUGAUGGAUGGAUGGAGCAAGGCGAGCAAGAGAAAGAUGCUGCAUAUACCGAAUUGGAUGACUUAGACCCAAGUGAGCUAUAUGGGAAACGGUAUGAGAAUGAGAAAGAUGACGGAUAUGGCUGUGAGGGAUAUCGAUACUUAGAUCAAAACGCUCGAGUACAGAUUGCAAAGAAAGGACUGGGUGAAAAUGCUGAAAUUGUAAUUGGUGCAAAGGUUGUUGCACAAGUUCCAGACGACCAACCUUUGGAGACUACUGCUCCAGUUCCCGGGAACCAGUUUAAUACCCAAGUUCUUUACAGUGAAAUCUAUGAUGAAAUGGAUCAAUGUGGCGACAAUUUCUCCUUAGAGAAUUUUGUGGACAGUAAUGUGAACUCAUCUGAAACAGAACAUGGUAUGCUUGAGAAUGGCAAACAGGAAAUAGCAAAAAUCAUGAAAAAGAAGAAACUGGCUCAGGAGAUAUUACAAGUUCUGUACCCCCAACAGCUUCGAAUUUCACAGGAAAUCGAAAAAUUAACCAAAGACAAUUAAUGUACACCUUCAUAUUUUUGUUGAUCAUUGUCUUCUUGAAAGUCUAUAGAUGGUCGCUGAUGUAGUACAUGUACAUGUACAUGUUUUAGCUUUUUAAAGGAUAGGAUUUUCAUUUUUCUUUGUGUAAAGACAUGAUUGCUACUUUCCUCGACAUAAAUACACAAAAUCUUUUACAGUAAUGUUUUUACUACAUUACUAUAGUAAUGUUAUUAUUA